AACGGCGUCGAUGUGCUGCUUCGUUGGCCUGGAAGCGGAGAGUUUUGUCCGCCGGUAAACACACGGACGCUGCCGGUGCUCGGGGCGGCUGCUGGUGUCUGGAUGAUCCGCUGGAAGAGACUCCGUCUGGACUAAAUGUUGGAUUAUCGAAGCACCGACACUUGAACUCUUUAAUAAACCUCUGAUUUAACUAACAUUACAUCUGCUGCCUUAAUAUUUAGCAUUUUUUACAUGUUAUUGUCCUCGUAUCCAGUAUUCAGAUCCAGGUUGCAAGUCUCAUGUUUAAAUACAUGAAUUAGAAAAUCAUUAAAGUUUUUCACACAUUUAUUGGUGAUCACAUAUUAUAUAUAGAUUAUUUAUGGAGUUAGUGAUAAUGAACUUUGCUGUUAGUUUACAGUUAAACUGAUUUCUUAUUCAUCCUGAUCAGCACAUAUUUAUUUAUUUUGGGCUGAUUUGGAAAACGAUGCAACAAACUGUUAAUGACUGAAUACAAGAAGCCGAAACUGUAAAACAAAAACUAUUUUAGCACAAAUUAUUUACAUCCAAGCUGGAACUACAUGGGAGGCUCAGCUCCUCUUGAAAUAUAAUUUGAGAAUUUUGCAGGAUGACAGGAUUUUUCUGCCUUCUUCAUCCUGAAUGAUCUAGAAUCAGCCUGUUAUUGGUGUGUGAUUAAGAAAUUAAUGACUUUAAUAAAGACAGCAACAUGCAGCUGUCAGUCUAAUAAUUAGUCUAACAUAAAAUCUAUUUGUUAAUUGCAUGUCUUGGCUACAUCAUAGCCUAAAAUAUGCUUGAUGGGGAAAAAAUAAAUAAAAGAAGUCAAUACAAUUAGUUCAAAUAAGAAUGUAAAUAAAAUCUAUCAAAUCAAAGUCUGACUAAGAAGGUAGAUUCUUGAGUUUGCUUUUAAAAUAUUAACACUCUUUAUAUGAGCUUUAUAAACCUAUUCAAGUAUCUUAAAAUCAAUUCUAAAACAGAGGUAACCAGAUGUACAAUGCAGUCACUGAAUAAAAUAUAAUUACUUGAAUGCAUUCAAAUUAUGUGUCAUGAUCCCUGCUCUAGCUCCUGCCCUUCCUCCUUUUCCCUCUUUCCUUCUUUCUCUUACCAUUCCUUAUCUGUUUGUCUGUUUUGACCUGUCUGUGUCUUUGUCUCCCUCCUGUCUCUCUCUCUCUCUGUUCACUUGUCCUCCUGCUCUUCCUGUUUCACCUGCCUGCAUUCUGUUACCUGCUGAUUACUGCCAUGACUGUCAUCUGCAGUAAUCAGCUCACUCAGGACACCUGCCACUACCACACCUUCAGCUAUAUAACCCUUGUUCAUUCACGUUCUCUCUGCUGGACCAUCGACUCACAUGCAUUCAUAGACUCUGCUCCCAUGUUGGAUUCUGUUCUUCCCCACUGAGCCCUGCUUUCUCAUGACUGCUUCAGCCCCCAUGGACUUUUGUCUCCCCCCAUCCCUGAAUAACCACUGGUCCCCUCUGUUUCCAGACUUCUGUCUGCCAGUCUUUUCCCCCCGCCAGGUUCCCUGUGCCUGCCUUCCUUGCCCCUUUACUUCUGUUACUCCUGGGUUUGUGAGUACACUGUCUGUUGACUUAGUUUAGUGUUUUGCUUGCGUUUUCCUAGUGUUCUAGUGUAGUUAGCUUUGUUUGUUUUGUUCUCUUGCAUAUGUUUUGUGUUUGGUUUAGUUUUUCCCUGUAGGUUAAUUCAGAUUUUUAAGUUCUUUUUUUAGUUUUAGGUUUAGAUUGGGUUUUUCAGUUUAGUCUGUUUUUGUGAGAGGCUUUGUUUCCCCUUGUAUUGUAUUAGCAUUCAUUGAUACAAAUAAAUCCUGUUUGACACCUGCUGUCUCUCAACCUGAUCUCUGUACCUGCGUCUGGGUUCUAUGGACCCCCCCACCCCACCCCAUGAUUGACUUUGGUAACUGAUUGUUUCACAGGUCCAGUGUAUGCUGAGUGAUAUGAGGCUGGCAUACAACAACAACACCUCGUCCAUGCUGAGGCAUUUAAGGACCAAGCAGGGAAGAGAGAACUGGUGCUGGAGAACAGGCAGCAGCUGUUGCCAAUAACCCAGGCAAUAGAGAGCGAGAACUUGACGAUGCUCUCAUAAACUUCGUCGUCAAGGAUUGUCAGCUGUUCUCUGUAGUGGAGGAUGUUGGAUUCAGAGCUUGUGGCAAAACUGGACCCCACAUAUACGCUUCUAACAAGAGAGGCUCUCAAGGACAUGGUGGUUGCAAAGUAUCAGGAGGAGAGGGAGAAGGACAAAGCAGAGAUCUGGGGUGUUGAGACUGUAAGCCUCCCAUCAGAUAUGUGCACCUCCAUCAACAUAGAUGCAUAUCUGGCUGUCACCUGCCACUAUGUCAGUCGGAAUGACCAGCUGUCCACUCUUCUUCUAGGAGCUAAUUCUUUUCCAAGGACCCACACAGCAGCCCACAUUGCUGCAGAAAUUGCAUCACUGUCGGAGGAGUAAAGAGUUUAAGGAUCAGAGCUCAUCCCCCUCUACCAUGUUUUGAGACAAAUGACUGAACAACUCUAUUCCCAACUCACCACUUCCGUGGCACAACACCUGGUACAGAACCUUGUCAGGUGCUUAGCUGACAGACUACAAACCAAAGAAAACGGUUCACUGGCUGUUGUUACACUUGUGGCUCUGCAGUUCAAAACUUUUGGAUUCAACAGUCAGAGUGGCAGCCAGUGUGAAAGAACGUUUAAUAACAGAAUGCACAACAAUUAACAAAGAAUGCCCAGCAGCAGUCAUCUAUGUCACAAGCACCACCACAGCCUCGUCCUCCACCACCUUCCACAGGUUUAUUUUCUUUUAUGAAUAAGGAAUGACUAAUGACAUUUGUGGUGAUGAUCUUCAACAUUUUUCAGUUCAACUGUGGAGCCUAUUGGAGGAAGGCGUAAGUAGAGCCUGGCAAAUGCAAAGCAUCACAGCGAAUGCAAUUGUAGAAAGAAUGGUAGACCUACUGGGCCACCCACAAAACCGUUUACCCAAACUUGUGCAAUGGAGACAAACAUUUCCUGUGUACCUCAUCUGUGCUUUGUGAACAGGUUUUUUUUCUUUUUCUUAAGGCUGGGGAGAUCAUGAGUAAAAGAAGGAACUGCUUGAGUCCCAAAACUGUUAACUUAUUUCUCAAUAAAAGCUCAUAACCAGUUACAUGAGCACACCCUCUUUACUGACCUCUUUUCCAAUAAACCCCAAGACAUACUUUGCCAAAAUCCAUAAUAUAAUCUUUAUUUGCACCAGCCCCAUGUGAAAAUGACAUCAGUCUGUAUUUGUAGAGCAUCUCAUGAAUGUAGCAGCAUCGUUUAAAUGUUUCAUAACACAGAAUAUAAGCAAAGAGUAUAUAGGGUUACAGACAAACAUGGCAAAUAAGAAACAUGCUCUUCAAUAGUUGUCAUUAUUAUGACUAGAAAUAUUAUCUUUGUAUCCACUAGAACCUAUACAAUCAUCUAGUGUAGUCAAACAGGAACGUGUGCAUAGCGAAUCAAAUCCCCAGCCUGUGAACUCAUCCACAGUGAAGUGUCCCAGCUGCAAACAUCUCACCCUCAGUCUCUUAUCAUCAUCUCAGGAGACUUUAAUCAUGCAUCGCUCUCUGCCACUCUCCCCACGUUCACCCAGUACGUGACCUGCCAUACCAGAGACAAUAAAACCCUGGAUCUGCUGUAUGCAAACAUCAAGGAUGCAUACAGCUCCUCACCCCGCUGGGCCGCUCAGAUCACAACCUGGUGAGACUGCAGUCCAUUUACAUACCUAUGGUGAAGAAACAACCCCCCACCACCAGGUAUGUGAAGAAGUGGUCUGACGAGGCCACUGAGGCGCUGCAGGACUGCUUUGAGACCACAGACUGGGAUGUGCUGUGUGUCCCUGGAACUGAAGGCCCUGCUGAAGGAGAAGAGGAGGGUUUUUGGAUCUGGGGACAAAGAGGAGCUGAGGAGGGUGCAGAAGGAGAUAAAGAAGAAGAUCAAGGUGGACAAGGCUACAGGACCAAGAUGGAAUCUCACCUGCAGGACAAUAACACAAGGGAGGUCUGGAGAGACCUUAGAUCCAUCUCUGGUUACAGCAGAGGCCAUGAGAGGAGCUGCAGCAGGAGGCCAGGAGUGGAUCAAUGAGAUGAAUCUGUUCUUUAACAGAUCUGACUCUGCUCCCACUCCUCCCUCCUCUCAUCAAAGAACCAACCAGCCAGCUCCUUCUUCACACCUCAGCUCUCUACCACCAACACCACCAACAGCACCCCUCCUCCCAUCCCCGUCUUCUACCACCUCCGGACUCCACAUACAGCCCCAUCACCCCUCCUCGUCUCACCCCCCACCACCACCAUCACCCCUCCCCCUGCCACCCUCCCCCUGCCUCUCCAUAACAGCUGAUCAGGUGAGAAGUGAACUUAAAAAGAUCAAAACCAGGAAAGCUGCAGGUCCUGAUGGAAUCAGCUCCAGACUCCUUAGAGACUGUGCAGACCAGCUCUGUCAGGUGCUGCUGCACAUCUUUAACCUGAGCCUGAGUCUGGAGAGGGUUCCUGUGUUAUGGAAGACUUCCUGCCUGGUUCCUGUCUCUAAGACCAGGAACCCCAGGGAGCCUAACCACUUCAGACCUGUGGCCCUCACUUCUCACCUGAUGAAGACCAUGAAGAGGAUCGUCCUCAAGAACCUCCGUCCCCAGGUGAGCCAGUAUCUGGAUCCACUGCAGUUCGCCUACCAACCGAACAUUGGAGUGGAUGAUGCAGUGAUCUACCUGCUGCACAGAUCACUGACUCAUCUGGAGAAACCCAGCAGCACUGUGAGGGUCAUGUUCUUUGACUUCUCCAGUGCUUUCAACAUCAUCCAGCCUUCUCUGCUCAGGAUGAAGCUAGAAGGAGCAGGAGUAGACUGUCACCUGGCUGCUUGGACCAUCGACUACCUCACCAACAGACCACAGUACGUGAGGCUUCAGGACUGUGUGUCUGAUGUGGUAGUCAGCAGCAUGGAGGUCCACAGGGGACAGUCUGUCCUCCUUUCUCUUCACCCUGGACACAUCGGACUUCCACUACAACUCUGGGAGCUGUCACCUCCAGAAGUUCGCCGAUGAUACAGCCAUUGUUG